ACACCGACCAUUAUGCAGCGCGAUUUAGCGUAGUUUCGCUCCUGCCGUUAGCUCUGGAAAGAUAGCGGACGAGCGGUCGAAAAAAAAUACCGAUGUGUUUAUCUAAAAUCGUAGCAUAAUUGUUCAGGAACGUGCUGUUGUGGAGUUUCUAAGGUCCAUAUUUAGGAGACGAAAAUGAUCCGCUUCAUUCUCAUUCAGAACCGAGCUGGGAAGACACGACUGGCCAAAUGGUAUAUGCAGUUUGAUGACGAUGAGAAACAGAAGUUGAUUGAGGAAGUGCAUGCUGUGGUAACUGUCAGGGAUGCCAAACACACCAACUUUGUGGAGUUCAGAAACUUCAAGAUCAUUUACCGGCGUUAUGCUGGUCUGUACUUCUGUAUUUGUGUGGACGUGACUGAUAACAACUUGGCAUACCUCGAGGGAAUCCACAAUUUUGUAGAGGUGCUGAAUGAGUAUUUUCACAACGUGUGUGAAUUGGACCUUGUAUUCAACUUCUACAAGGUGUACACGGUGGUGGAUGAGAUGUUCCUUGCAGGAGAGAUCAGGGAGACCAGUCAGACCAAGGUCCUCAAGCAGCUCCUCAUGCUCCAGUCGCUUGAGUAGAAAGCAGACAACCAUCCUUCCUACCUGCCCACUAACCUGCUGCCCUGGCAUCUAAAUCAACCUACUCCUUGUUCCUGUCACUCUGGAAAAGGACCCCUUAUCAUUUUCCUGACUCUACAGAGCCAACACUUACAGAACUUCAGGAGGGGGGUGUUUAGAAAUAGAAAUACACAAUAUUGUUUACAUAUGGAUAUAUAAUUUAGAAGUUCAAUUAAUCUCUUUGUCAUAGCAUCUAUAUGUUGCAAUAUUCUGUACCUGUUGUACUGCUAAUGAAGUGUAGUAUAAAGGCUAUAGAGGCUGUACAUUUCAAGAUGGUGACAUUUCAUAUACCGCCUGAGUUACAGUCAGCUUUAUAUUGUGUUCUUUUUCCUAAAGCCAGAGGCUGCAGAAAUUAGUUAUUUCAUGUAGUUAGUCAUUGCAUUUAUCUCAGUGGAGUGUGGAAACACUGAUGUAGAUCCAGCAGUGUGACACUUCUCCUCUCCUCCCUUCAUUAACCUCAACAUUCAUUUAAUGGCACUACUGUAACUAACAAGCACCAUGUAUAAACAGAGACUGCCAUCAUGAUCCAAUGUACAUUGAGAACUUACAACAGCCUUACAGCCAUCUCUAUAAGCCCAUGUAAGGAACGACCCUGCAAGUGUUGUGGCAUUAGAGUCAUCAUGGCUAAUUAUCUGGAUCAAAGUACAAGCAAACUACAACUAGAAAGCCCUUUAGGGCAAUUGACCCAGCGUGGCAAGUUCAUAAUUGAAUGGAGUGUACUUAGGAUGAGUACCAUUUUAUGGCAACCUGUGCUAUGCCAGAUACGCUCAUGGCUGAUGAUGAUAAACAGUGUAGACUUUGUUAGUUCAGAUGGCUUCAUUAAUCAUUUCAUUGCAUUUAAAAAAAAAAAAAAAAAUUAUAUGGUGCUUUUUAGUCACACUUAAAACACAAAUGCACUCAGACGGAACAAGACCUGGACAUGGAAAGUAUAUUUUACAUAAAGCAGUACUGUGAAGUUUGCUUCGUAUGGUGUGUACAUACAGUGUAUCUUGCAUAUGUUGAAUAUUGUGAAAUUAAGACAUUCAUUCCAGAAAAAGUGGAUCUUGCUCACUACUUGGUCUGAGCAGUAUUGCUUAUAUGUUUAAGAUCCCUAAAUUCCUUUAGCACUGCAUAAAAUAAAUUGGUUUUUAAAUUCUCUUAACAAGCCUCAUGAGCUUUGACAAAGAAAAAAAAAAAAUCCACUUUUAUUAAUUUUCCUUUGCUGGACUUAAAUGUUUAUACAAGUACUUGUCAUGCUCUGAUUUAACCAUAUCCAGUCACAAAGGUGGUUUAAAAUGUUACUGUUGUUGAACGUUCGUGUUUUUAUUUUUUUUAAAAUGAUUAUUAGACAAUAGUGAAAUAUGUACUGCUUCCCUUCUGGUCCACCUAUAGGAGUUUGUAGGUGGAAGAUGUGUGUUUGUAUGUAUCACUGUCUCCAGUUCAACUGCCCAAAUCAAUAUGUCCCAUUAUAUGUAAAUAAUAAAACAAACAGAUGAAGUGAUA